AUAUAUAGAUUUUAAGAACAUGGAAAAAACUACAUUAAACUUAAAAAUCAUAUUUUAUUAGUUGGAAAAUGUAUCUAGGAUACACAAGCAAGAAACUAUUAUUUAAAUAAUAAAGUUAUAUUUUGCGCACACAGAACAUAGUAGCAAUUACUGCAAAAUGCUUUAAAUUUUGUCGCCUUGUUUUGAUAGGCGUAUAUUUGCUUCCUUAAUUUUGGGAGAUCUCAAGUACAUGCGCGAAUCAACGUAUUAAAUUAUCAAUAUUUUACGCGUAAACAGCCAAGCAUCGAGGGGGACGUUCCCUUGUAGCUAAGUUAACACCUGCGAGGCCGACAAAACAAGAAGCAGCGUAGUAUAUCCAGGAUAGAUCAGCGGUGUGUCAUGUCUACCUAGUUUACCAGGUCAGUUAUCACUCGCCGUAGAACGUCAUUGUAUAAUUAGCGUGCUCUGGUUUGACGUCAUUGUUUCAUAUAAAUACCGAAUACCCGAUCCUGAUCACCAUAAACUCGCGAGAGAGCUGACUGGGACGUGCUAUUACACUCUUAACAAACGUUUUGUAUUGAAACGUUACUUCCUCUUUUGAAUAACAUAAUCUUGAACGUGCGAGAGCGAUCAUUAUUUUCUUGCAAAGUAUCAUCAACACAAUUCGAUAUUUUUAAACACGUAAUGAUGGCUGUCACAUUCAUUGCCUUUGCAUUGCUGUUCGUUGCCUGUUCUUAUGCAUCACCUCUUAGAAUGACGAGCAUAUACGGUUCUCCCUUACUUAUUCUGCCUGUAGUCGUUCAAGAACUCGACGAUCCUCAAACUUCAAUGAACGAGGAAUCAAUGUACACGUUAAACAGUGAUUCUAAGGUUGCUGAUGGUGUCACAAAUUUCAACAUCGAAAAACGAAGCGCAGAAGAAACAGAUAAUGACGAUCUCGAGACUGCAGCCGGUACCAAUGUUCUUCGACCUCUCUUCGUCUAUCGUCAGCAGGUUGCAUAUCGACAACGUGCCAGAGAUGCGGUUCGAAGAGGUAGGCGAAUAUAAGUGGAGGAAGGAAAAAAAUUUGGAGAUUUCAACAAUUGCAACUGAUUGUUAUCUCAUUUUUGUAUUAUUGGGAAGAUAAUACAUUUGAGAUACUUGGAGACCUCCAUAUAAAUAGCCUCAAUGACUCUAAAUAUCUUCAAAAUCCUAAAAAAGGAUUGAAAAAGAAUCGAGCUUGUGUAAUGAGAAAAAAAUCUUUAUCAAAUUCAAACAAAGGUCAAAGAAGAAUGGGCGAAUUAAAGGGAAACAAAGAUGGCUUUGCAUAAAGACGAUUCGAUUAAACGAAGUACAAAUAUCCGUUUUAAAAAAAUAUUUGAUAAUGAUAAGAUGGCUUUUUUAUAGCGAAAUAUCGGAAGCUUUCUCGGGAGCUUGAAAUGAGCUACGAAAUAAAGUUUACCGCUCGCUGAUAUUUAUAGAAUUGUUUAUGAGCGCAGAAGUGCAAUAAGAACUUAUGGUAUAAACAGUGAAGCGGAAGACUCGCGCCAGGGUGAAAAUUUCGAGCGCAAAUAAAACCGUUCUCUUGUCGACGCAGCUUACUGCUGAGAUGAAAAAAUGUAAGAUGUAGAAAGAGAAAGAGAGAGUCGGUAAAGCGAAAGAAGACGAAGCUUUGUUAAGAAAUGAGCAAACUUCGAACAACAGCAAGAGGGUACUGAACUCGUAUAAUAUAAUUACUCUAAAAGGUUGUGAACCUCGUUAUUUCAACGAAGAUUAACGGUGCUUAUUAACAAGCACGGACUAAGCUUGCUGAUUCAGGAAGAUCUUUCUUUUAACGGCCAACGGGAUUACAGGAGCGACCGAAUAACUUGGAAAAGCAUUUAGUUAUUUUACGAUCACGUAUGAUCUCUUACAAAAAUCCUGUAGGUUUAAGUUUAAUUAAGUCUAUAAGAUUAAAAGAUUAGUAAAAAGCUGAUUAAAAUUAUAAAUAGAAUAACAGAAGAGAAUUAGGAGAAGCGCACAGUAUAUGUAUUUCUUUAUUAUGUAAUUAAAUAGCAAUAACUACUGUUUCCUUCUAAUUGUAAGUUAAUAGUUAAAAAUAGCAUUACUCGAAAGCUAUUUACCAAAGUUGCGUUAUGCAAGCAAACAGAUUAAUGAAUAUUGUGGAUACUCAAGUGUAUAUGAGAGCGUUAUAUUGUGAUACGAUUUCUUCGAGGAAAUAUUGCGUGUGUAAUAAAUUAAACAUAUAUAACAUUUUAUAUAAAUAAAUGUUAAAUAUUAAUCAA